ACACAGGCCUCAGUUGGUGCACAACGCGUACUACAACAUAGUCGCGUCAAGCAUGGCAUUUACGUGACUGCAGGCACUGCUUAGUUAUGGAAUUUUAGAAAACACGUUUGUUAAACAAGGAUGUGGUAUUGCCCGUUCUUUCUCGCGGAUCGACGAAAUCAUGGAUUAGUUGAUAUCGUUGAAAAACUGUGUGAAAUAUCACUGGUCAAUAUAGAUUCUUUGCUUGCGCGACGGGACAUAUUGAGCAGCUAGACCUCAAAGCAACAUCUGUUAUGGCUGGACAAUUACAUGUACAUUUAAGGUUAUUCUCCUUUGCAUUUAAAGCUAUGUUUAUAAUUGCUGGAGUUGAUAUUGCUCGUGAGGAACUUUUAAAAAUAGAAUUUGAGCCGAAUCCUAACGAAAUUGUUUUAGGCAAGCCACUCACAGUGAAGUGUGAACGGACCGCUGGAGCAGUGUCCCAUGACGGCGCUAGUAUUUUCCUUCAUUGCCCAAUAGCUCCCUGGAAUUCUUUUUGCUUCCAAAACUGUAUAUCCGCUUGCGCUGGUGAGGAUCCAGGCAGUUGUCCUUAUGAGAAUCAAUUGCGUCAUGUCACUUGCCGCACAGUCGUGUCUCAAGAUGGACACGUAACUAACGAGUACACAGUAGAGAAGGUGACAGAAGAAUGGCUUGGUUUGGAGCCUGGUGGAAGCAGACGUGAAAACGGGUUUUAUUGUAAAUCAGUCGGAAUGCAGACACCAGAGGUCUGGUUAUCAAUUAAAACGACACAUUCGCCGGAACCUAUAGAGCGUGAGAAAUCACCUAUGAGAGUCCCCAUGUCUUCAUCUUGGACAGAGAAUCACCUGGUUAUCACUACCGCUUCAAAGUUGGAUUUAAAUGUUCCCGGAAAAACUAGGUUCGGAUUGUCCAUGACUAACAUGGGAUUUAGAACCUCCUAUCAUUUUCGGGAAAGCUUGAUGAUUCUUGCGAUUGCUAUCAUUUUUCUUUCCCUUACGGUCAACGUUUUCUGCUGCAUCCGAUGUGCUUUGAUCCGGCAAUACACAAAAAACAAAGAAAAAGCAAGGAUGCAACACUUGUUCUGCAUGGCUGAAGAGAUACGAUGUGCUCGUCGUGGUUCUCGUCAUCCCGAUGAGUCCCGGAAUACAAAUUACACACAAGUAAACAGCGGCCGGUGCUUAAUGAAAGGAGAUGCCAACGCCUUUAAUAAUAGCGACGUUCCGAUUCAUCCGUUAUCCGGAAAUCCGGCGUAUUAUGUGCCUGCAGAAUUCCUGUACAACGCCACUAGUUAUCCGGUUGCUCUCAACGACACAAGGUCAAGCACUGCUGCACGUAGUGAGUUUUACGACGGAACUGCAAACGAGAGUGUAAGAACUGCUCCGGUUAUGAUCGGUUCUGCAAAUUCGGGCACCCCGAAUCACAGCCUGCAUUACGAUCAUCGACACAGACAUUCGAAAAGGUCUUCAAUAAUUGCGUCCACCGGGUCCGAGGAAUCACAUCUAAUUCCUACACAAAACCAGUUAGCGGCUGCAGUUGCUGCGUACUGUGCACAACAAAGACAAAAUUUGAAUGAGUUGCAGCAACAAUUACAGAUGGACGAAUUAAGCUUACAAAGCGCACAAGCCGGAUCUUGUCCUGGAAGUAUAGGUAAACCGGAAACUUUACUGAUAGAGUCUCAACAACUCUCUUCGUCACAUAAGAGCACCCUACGCAGAAACAGUACAUGCAAGCAGCCCGUAUCUUUGGUCGGUGAGCAGAUACCGCCGGCACUGAUAUGCUCAACUUGCGCAAAACCAAAUGAUGGAGGCGAAGUAAUCCAGACACCAACUAGACAUGGGAACAUCGUAGAGAAAUAUUCACCUAACGUACCACAGUACAAGCAAACAAAUGGACAACCUGUUUUCGAUGCCAGCAGCGAUACCCCAUUGUUACCGACAAUAUGCAUCGCUUCUAAUUCACAAAGGCCAGUAGUACUUCCGUUAUGGAACUCCAAUGCUUAUCAGCAAACUAUUCCGUCAUGUUCGCUUUCGUCAUCUGAUAGUGGGACAGGAACAGGAAGCAUUGUGCAAGAGGUGGCCGGUUCAUGCAAGCCAGAAGCCCUCGAAGAUGGUGGUAGCGAUUUGCAUUCAGAAGUCACAUAACUUCAGCUGCAUGACAAAGUGUAUAACAAUGUCUGCUGUUAAAUUAACCGAACAGUGGCACAAUGAUAACGCACAAUUAAGUUAAUGUGAAUAAACCUUAAUUCUUCU